GAUUUGCUGCGAUUUCAUCACCAUGUGCUGAUGUGCCCAGGCCCCAGCGCUUCCACAGACAUCUAUCCAAUUUGGUACAAAUUUAUUAGAGCCGACAGACAGGGACUCCUCCGUCCGACCGUCCCUGCUCUUGACCGUAUCUUCAAGCUGAAAGAUUUCCCCAUGUGCCCAGCCGUCUGCCGUCGGCGUCAGUGUACUGCAUGCCUCCCACCGGUCACCGGUCUGCCUGCGGCCGUGGGCCGCCUUCAGCCAUGGAUUGGGAUUGCACAUGGUGUCCGAAAAAGAAGCUUUCGGCUGUACCAAACACGCAGACAUGUUGUCGAUCUUUUCUUUUCUUGGAACAAGAACAACCGGCUAUAUCGUCGAUCUAUUACUUGUGUUGUGUUGGUCCUAAUCUGAUAGCACUAGUUUGUAGUUUUCCAAGAUUGAGUUAAAAGUGAAGAGUCUGUCCACCAUGGAUGCGGCAUGCACUGUCGUCGUUACCCCGUCACUUAAAACACCCUCAUGUCAUGCUCUGGUGGAAUGGAACCGCGUGUGCAGGAGAUCCCGGCGCAGCACCGAGGGGACGCGGUGAGCAGCAUGGUGUACGAGGCCAACGCGCGCGUCAGGGACCCGGUGUACGGCUGCGCGGGCGCCGUCUCGUCGCUGCAGCAGCGGGUGGAGGCGCUGCAGGCGCAGCUGGCGCUGGCGCAGGCCGAGGUGGUCCGCCUCAGGAUGAGCAACGACUACGUCCUGCGCCGCCUCAAGGCGGCCGGCGCCGGCGCCGGCGCCGGCGGGGGCAGCAGCAGCAGCUACGCCGGCUCGCCGUCGUCCAUGUCCUCGCUCAAGACCGCGGCGGCGGCGGAGCCGGACGCGCGCUGCAGGGCCACUACGCCGGAGCUGCUGGUGCUGGACAUGGUCGUGGACCAGCCCGGCAUGGACGACGCCCACUUCUGGUCCUACUAGCUAACCGCGCGUUCCACUCAAGCUAGGUUGUUUUAGCUGAUUUUAGUCGUGUGAUCGAUCGAAUCGGGUGCUGUUUUUGAGUCACAGAUGGUGGUAUGGUAGUUGGUAUGUGUGUAUAUAUAUGUGGUAUCAGGUAUAUGGUGCGCGCGCGCUGUAACAGCGUGGCACUAGGAGGAAGGUGGUGACUGGUGAGCGUACGUAGAAGGGCGCUGUCCUUUCCAUGGGAAGCUGGAACAUUGAUUGUC